AUGAAGGGCUUCAGGUUUCGCCGAAGACACGCUGAUACAAGUUCGACCGCCAACACCAGCAUCAACAUCGACCUUACCGACGCUGACGUCGAUAUGGAUUCUGUGACCACCACACUCAACAUUGCUGGGACAGAGUAUGCGCAAAAGCGCAGAGAAAUAUUCAAGCUCGUCAAGGAUCUCAGGGCCUUGGGGGGGGGCGUGGAUAUUGAUAUUCCCCGAAUUGCAGUCAUAGGCGGGCAAUCAGCUGGCAAGAGCUCCCUGGUCGAAGCUCUCACAGGAAUCAGCGUACCUCGGGAUAGUGGCACAUGCACUAGGUGCCCCAUGGAGUGCACAGUGCUGACAAACGAAGACGUGUGGAGCUGUGAGAUCUCUCUAGGUAGGGCAGGAAAACAGCACGAACAAUUCAGCCCCAAGCUCAUGGCGAAGAAGGAGGUCGAAAUCUGGCUCCGACGUGCACAAGCGGCGAUACUGAACCCACACUUACCUCCAAACCACUUCAAAGGGAUGGGGUAUGAGAAUCUCCGUAGUCAUGCCACCACAGACCAGCAAACGCUCAAGUUUUCCAAAGACGCGGUAGUGAUUAAUAUCGAGGACCCAGAGGGUACAGACUUGUCAUUUGUUGAUCUCCCAGGUCUUGUUCAGAAUGAGGAUGACGCGGUCAUCUCAUUGGUGAAGUCUCUUGUGGAGGGGUACAUUUCGGAGCAGUCUACUUUGAUUCUUGUAACCAUUCCGGCAAGCGGCAUGUCUUCUCCCGUUCUCUCAGCGCAGACAGAAUCAUCAGGCGUGAUCACGAAGCCAGAUUCCCUCACCUCUGGCGCAACCGGAGCUCGCCAGAAAUGGCUGGACGUCAUUCAAGGACGAUUUCACAAGCUCGAACAUGGAUACUAUGUCGUGCGGCUGCCCGACGACGAAGAGCGAGCGAAAAACCUGUCGCGUCAAGAUCUGGAGCGUUUAGCCACGACAUUUUUUCAGACGACAGAGCCCUGGAAGGAGCUGCUUUCUUGUAACCGAGUAGGCAUUCCGAACCUGGUGUCGUACAUUAGUAAGGUCUUGAUGAAAGUCAUUGAAGAAUCGCUGCCCUAUCUGAAGGAGCAAGUGCGGGAAAAAUUGAGCAAAUGCCUAGUCGAGAUACAGGGCUUGCCCAAGGCUGUCUCGAUUGACUCGUCCACUGAGGUCUUCACUAGGAUAUCGCGCUUCUGUAAAGACCUCCAGGGUGACGUGGAGGCCGUCAAUGAAAGCAAGAAAUUCGUCCAUCUCAAUAAAAAGACUUAUAAGGCAUUCAAGCUGAAUAUUCGCUCGACAUAUCCUGAUUUCCGGCCAGUGACCAAGAUCAAGGAGGAAGACAUCAUCAUCGACCCCCAAUUUGUGAAAGACACUCUUGACAAUGAUGUUGAAAGCAGGAGCCCCAAGUCCACCCUACCUCCUAUGACCUUACUCGACGUCGGUCGAGUCAUCGAAGACUGCUCAGGUUGGGAGCUCCCGCACCACAUACCCUAUGAGGCCAUAAAGGUCCUCAUCAAGCGGUCCGUCGAUCUAUGGCCUCAGCCCUCUCAAAGAUGCUUCGACGGCGUUCUCGGUGAUCUAUCAGCGAUCGUAAAUGAGAAGAUCACCAAGCACUUUGGUCAGUUCCUAGCACUUGAGAAGUAUAUUGCUCCAAUGAUCCGGAAUGAGCUUGGCGAAUCUACCCAGCGUGCACGCCAAGUCCUUGCGGAUGUAUUAGAGGGCGAAACUGUCCCCUACUUCACACAAAACAAUCACUAUUUUGAGACCGUCCGCUCAAACUGCCUCGAACAUUACAGAGAUGUAUAUCGUAACCCACAUCGGUAUCGCUCCCAGAAGGCUCGCGAGGAACCUGUCGCAUAUUCCCCUUCCGUGUUUUCGCGGACCUACGAAGCCAGAAUCCUAGAGUCGAAACCGGAAGCACCUCUCGAGCCACUCCCGUACGAAAGUGAGAGGGUAGUAAUGGCAACAGUCCGAGCUUAUUUUCAGGUUGCAUAUAAACGUGUGAUCGAUAACGUGCCACUGACAAUUCAGCGGCAUCUCAACCAGCGGUUCGUGAAUGGUCUGGAGACGAAACUUGUCGAAAAGCUGGAUCUGGGGGCUGCGAACACUUCCAGACGCCUCGCUGAGCUCUUGGAGGAAGAUCCCACUCUAAAAGCCAAGCGGAAGCGUCUGGCGGAUGAGAAAAGACAGUUGGAGGAAAUGCAGACGAAAUUGAACAACUUUCAAUGGACGCCUUCCUCACGAUCGCUGCCCCUGUUCCCUCCGAAGAGACCGCAGAGACGUCCCAAGUGCCAAGCAACUACGACACCACCAACUCCUACAACUGGAGCUGCACCAUUGCAUGAGCUCAACGUCAUAUCCUGGCUAUCAGCCCUCACUUUCACCCAUUCAUUCGCACCGACGUCGACGUUCACGCCGCUGGUAGACCCUCAAGAGGGCAUUCGACGUUAA